UCAUUACGCAUGUAAUGUUUUUGUAAUUUUUCUUGAUUGUUUUUUUAUUGUGGUCCAUGUUUUUUUUUCGUUAAAUCAUGAGUUUUCGUUUGAUUAAGUGUCUCAAUUAUGCUGCAACUAAUGUUUCUAAAAGCGUUCUCAUUAGAGAGCCUCAGUUUAUCUGGUCACAAUCCAUCGGUGGUGUGAAUUUUAACCAAGCUAGAUGGAGUACUUCUUUUUUCACUAGAUUAAAUGCUCAGCAGAUUUGGAAAGGAGUAACCAGUGUUAGUAAUGCUGGUAAAAAAAGAGGUAGAGGCAAAGGUGCUGGUAAAAGUCGAGCUAAGGAUUUGAAUAAAGGUCAACAAAUUGGUGUUGGCCCAUUGAGUAUCAUUUGGCCUGGACUCAAUUCACAUGUUAUUAAAGGCAGAGAGACUGUCGAAAUUAAAGAGGCUCCCCAGCAAGAUAAUUCAUUUGAACAAAAUUUAACGGAAAUUCGUAAUCAAUUAGAUACAUAUGUUAAGGUCAGAGUCAAUCCACUCUCUAGAGGGUGGUCGGGAGGCUCUCCGCGAGGAACCUGGACAAGAGGUAAAGAUAUUUAUCCUGAUAAAGAAGCUUUACACGAUUUCGUUUGCACGAUAAUAGAGUCCAAAUUGAAAAUGACUCCUAGAGCUGGCAAAGGUAAAGUUCCAAAUUUGCGAAAUCUAGCUAUCAUUGGUAAUCAAAAUGGAAUCGUUGGCUUAGGAAAAGCUAAUGCUGAUAAUAUGAGAGAUUCAAUUACCUUAUCUUAUGCGGAUGCUUCGCGAAAUUGUAUUGCAGUUCCUAUUUGUGAUGGUCAUACAAUUUUUCACGAUUUCCAUGCCCGAUUUUUCUGUAACAAAAUUUAUGCAUUCAAAAUGCCUCCUGGAUAUGGAUUAGUUUGUCACCGAGUUAUAAGAGACUUAUGUAUUGCUGUUGGUAUCAAAGAUAUUUUUGUCAAGUCUGAAGGAAAUCAAGAAAAUUACCUCAAUAUUGCUCGUGCCUUCAUAUCUGGACUUUUCAAUCAAAGGAACUUUCAAGAGAUGGCAAAUGAAAAGAAACUACAUUUGGUUGAAUUCAGAGAGGAAAAUGGAUUUUACCCGAAAGUACUGGCAAGCCCAAGUGACGGCAAAGUAAGAAAACUCGAAGAGGUUGAAAAAGAUGAAUACACCGAUUUCCAUAUGUACAUCAAUAAUGGAAAAGUAAUGAGUACACAACAGAAAAAAUACCCUGAUUAUAUAAGAACAUUAGGUUAUGGAAAGCAUUUGAUUAAAUAUCAUUACCAUCGAAGUAGACAAUUGGUUAGAGCUCAGUUGAGAGCUAAAUAUGGUGCCGUUGAAAGUUUUCUUACAAUUCGAGAAAAAGAGGAGAGAGCAAAGAGAGCUACAGCUUCGUGAAUAUGUUAGCAAUUAUUGGUUCAAAAUUUUGUGUAUAAAUGUAAUAAAUUAAAUCGCUUUAGACUGACC